AGAGGGUAUCUCUUCUGAACCACAGGAAAAAAACAACUGUACAUAGUCUUUUCCCUUUUUACAUUUCCUUCUAAUUUUCACCCCUGCUUCAAACUGACAUUUCUUACUUCUACAUAACAUACAUUGCAAAUCAGCAAUUAAAUUUGAGAAAAAAAAAAAUAAAAAAUCAAGAACAAGAGAAAAAGAAAGAAAAGAAAUGAAAAAGCACCAACUCUCAACAUUAGUCAAAUAAAGUCUCUCUUCUUUCUUGUCCCCUUUUGGCCAUUUCUCUCACGCUUUAAAUCAUGAAGUUUUCAUAAACCCCUUUAAAUGCUUUCAAGUACUUUCCUCAAUCUUUAAGCUGAAAAAACAGUUUUUUCUGCUAAAAAAAUGUCAACUUUAGACACUGUUAACACUGACAUAGAAGCAAAUGUUAGUGGUGGUGGUGAUAAUGCUGAGCUCCGCCGUCAUCGCCGCCGUCAACGUCGCCGUCGCCGGCGCCGGAGACCAUCCAUUGCAGGUAGCAGUGAGACAACUACCGAUGGGAGUUUUCGGUUUUCGGAUUCCGAUUCUGAUCAGUCUUGGCACUCAGUAGCAGGUGGUGGGUCCUACCGUUAUGAAGAAUGUGGGUCCUCUAUGAGGAGGGCUGAGGGUAAUUUGGUCAAAAAAAGAGGGACUUGUGAGUUGCCUGAUGAUGAUGAAGAGAUUGAUUUGGAAUGUGGUGAAUUGGAGUUGAAGGUGCAUAAUAGUAAUAAGAAAGAAGAGAAGAGUUGUAGGAUUUGUCAUUUGAGUUUGUUGAAAUGUGGUGGUAUUGGUGAUGAUGACCAAUUAUUAGAGCCUUCUGGUGGAAUGGCUAUUGAAUUGGGCUGUUCUUGUAAAGGUGAUUUGGCUGCUGCUCAUAAGCAGUGUGCUGAAACUUGGUUCAAAAUUAAGGGAAACACGAUUUGUGAAAUCUGUGGUGCAACGGCGAUAAACAUUAUUGGAGGGCAGGCAAGUGAAGCCAGCAAUGCUACAAUAACCACAAUCAGAGCACCGAGUGCACCUGUAGUCCUUUCUGAAACCCGAAGAUUCUGGCAUGGACGCCGCGUCAUGAAUUUCCUGCUUGCAUGCAUGAUUUUCGCCUUUGUCAUUUCAUGGCUUUUUCACUUCAAAAUAUUCCCCUGAAUCUUGUUAAGAUCGUCCUGGCAGGACUUGUUUUGACUGACAUCAUUAAGUACUCAACCCUGGGCAAUUUAUGAUGUAGAGGUAUAUUUGGGCUGAGGAAUUUUCAGCUAUUAUUUGAAUUGCAGAGUAACAGAUUUAUAUCCAACGUAAAGUCGCAUUUAUACAGGUCAUGCACUUCUCAAGAGUGUUCAUCUGCAAUGCUUAUUUGGGAAAAUGACUUGUAACUGGGAAUGCAAGAGACGAAGACGACCAGUGACUUAAUUUGUUCAUCAAGCAUCAUCUGGAGAGAAUUCUUCCCAGCUAGGAGUGAAUUAUCCUCCAUAUCCAUGUUUAUAUCUCCUAUGUAUCCAUGUUCCAAAUUAAGCGUUAUUGCACUUUUUGUACAAAUAUCUCAUAUUGCUUAGUUGUUUGGCUAUGUUUUCGUGCUCUAA